CCCACCCCCCGCCCCGACCCGGCUCGGUCCGGCCCCUGGAGCCGUGGUCCGCACCUGUGCUGCGGGGACCUUGCGAGCCAGAGCCACAGCUUUGACGGCACCACUGGGAGACAAUACCCCCAUCAGGGUGUCACCUGCUUGUGUGACAGGCGCCUGCUUUGGGCAGAGCUUGAGCCAGUCACCCCUAACCUCUGAUAUUUCCAAGGUCUGGCACCCAGUGGGUGCUCAGUAUAUGCCAGUUUCCACCUUCCAGUCUGUGACCCCGCCAGCCCCAGCCUCUGACCUUUCUGGGAUCAGCUUCCCAGUGGGCGGCGGUGGUGGACUGGGGUCAUCAGUGGUCGUUACAGCAGCCUCCUAGGCCAAGAGCCCGGGAGAAGGGCUCUGUGAAGCCUCCAGCCCUGUCCAGGUUCCCUGAUGCCUUGUUUGUCAUUUUCAGAGUCCACUCUGGCCCUGAGGUAGGGGGCCAACAGGACCGGAGCCAACCCGGGACCACCGGGCCAGGCCCAACUCCACUACUCCCCAGCAGGACCAUGCCUCUUGGAUCUGAGCCUCAGGAUCUACGGCCAUGGAACAAGAAUGGCAUUACCGACUUCAUAGUCUGGGCACGGAUAGACCCUUCCCCAUAGGGAAAACCAAAGACAGUCGCGGAUAUAACAAAAACUCUGUUUUUCAUGGUGACUCUUAGUCACAGGCACGGCAUCCCCACGGGUCUCCACGCCAACCUGUCCGAGGGCCGCCCCGUGGGUCCCGCCCGCCACGGCUCCUCGUCGCUGCUCGGUCGCGACGGCUUCUUUCUCGGCAAGAUGGGAUUCCGGGAGGCGGUGGCGGCCGGGGACGUGGCUUUGCCCCAGGUGCGGGAGGAGCUGGAGGCUCAACUCAGCCGCUUCCGAGAGUUGCUGGGCCGAGCCCCCACGCACGUAGACGGACACCAGCACGUGCACGUACUCCCAGGCGUGUGCCAGGUGUUCGCCGAGGCGCUACAGGCUUCCGGGGUCCGCUUCACCCGGCUGCCGCUGGAACUCGGCGUGGGCGGCUGCGCGUGGCUGGAGGCCCCUGCGCGCGCCUUCGCCUGCACUGUGGAGCGCGACGCCCGGGCCGCCGUGGGCCCCUUCUCCCGUCACGGCCUGAGGUGGACGGACGCCUUCGUGGGCCUGAGCACCUGCGGCCGACACAUGUCUGCCCAUCGCCUGUUGGGGGCGCUGGCGAGGGCCCUGGAAGGCAGGCCGGCGGGCCACGCCCUGACGGCCGAGCUGAUGGCGCACCCGGGCUACCCCAGCGUGCCUCCAGCUGGGGGCUGCGGCGAGGGCCCGGACGCCUUCUCCUGCUCUUGGGAGCGGUUGCACGAGCUGCGAGUGCUCACGGCGCCUACGCUGCGGGCCCAGCUGGCCCAGGACGGCGUGCAGCUCUGCGCCCUGGACGACCUGGACUCCAAGAGGCCCGGAGAGGGGGUGCCCUGUGGGGCCACUCUGGAGCCCUUCCUGCAGCCCUCGACACCUUGACUUCGACCGAGGGCCCAGCUCUGAUUGGCCCUUCGUGCAGAGAAGGCCGUAGAAUUAAGCCUUGGCACAGUCUGGAGCCCAGCCCCGGAGCAGAGUCCGUGACUGCUCUGGGUGUGGGCCACUUCAAGCCCAGGUGGUCAGUUCCUCCUGGCUCAAGUGUAACAGUCACAGUGUGGGCACGCCCAAGUCUUGGCUGCAGGCUGCCUCAGCCUGUGCCGCCUGUGCCCAGGUGUGCCGGGAACUUAGUGUCCCACACAACCGCAGUGCAAACCCGUGAUGGUUUAAGGGCAGUGGGCAGAGACGGUGAUAUUUAAUAAAAUGUUAUGUGCAUCUUUCAAA